GUAUAGUUUUGGACGCCUUGAAUAUAUGCAUUAGUACUAGUAGUAGUAGGUUAGUGCUCUCUUAUGUGUAAAUAUAUUAGUAAUUUUAAUUUUUAAGCGUUUACUGGCCGGGUUUAAUUUGAUUUUUUUAUUUGGGUUUAAUUUGUGUUAGAAUUUGGCAGUGUUCAGAAAAACAUUACUGAUUCAUCACAACUGGUCCUCGAAUCAUAUAAUGGAUGAUAGUGCUUUCGAUGAGUUCAAAAAUAAGGCGGAACAUCCUAAAUCCAAGGCAAACUUCUUGUCCAAUUUGUUUUUCUGUUGGGGCCUCCCAAUCUUCUACAAAGGCUGGAUAAAGGAUUUCAACGAAGAUGAUUUAUAUAAGCCAUUAAAAGAGCACACCUCCCAUAAACUCGGCGAUAAAUUGGAACAAGAAUGGAAACUGGAGCGAAUGCAUCAUCCCAAUCCGCUCCUGUUACGGGCCCUAUGGAAAAUGUUCAGGAAAGAAAUUUUCAUUUACGGUGUCGUGUUGUUCGUUCAAGAGUUUGUUUUGGGCCUAUCGCAGCCUCUGGCUCUGCAAAAAUUAAUGAGCUACUACUCUUCAAAUCAGACCUCGGUGUCCUUAAACGAGGCUUAUUUGUAUGCCGGGAUUUUGAUCCUGACAUCGUUCCUCUCUGUCUUGGUUUCACAUAGCUAUAUGCUAGCUAGCCAUCAUCUUGGUAUGAAGAUAAGGAUAGCCUGUUGCUCUCUAAUAUACCGAAAAAGUCUGAAAUUAAGCAAAACCGCUUUAACGGAAACAACCAUAGGCCAAAUGAUCAAUUUAUUAUCAAACGACGUUGCCCGGUUUGAUACAUCCAUAAGAUACCUACACUUCCUAUGGAUCGCACCAUUGGAAACCAUUUUUAUCAUGUACUUACUGUACUACAACGUCGGUUACUCAUCAUUGUCAGGAUUUUGCUUAAUAGCGCUAUUUAUGCCUUUGCAAGUUCUAUUAGGGAAAUUAUCCUCAAAAUACCGCUUGAAAACAGCAAUGACAACCGACGAAAGGGUCAGAAGCAUGAGCGAAAUCAUCUCGGGCAUUCAAGUGAUCAAAAUGUACAAUUGGGAGAGUUACUUUUCAACCCUGAUAGAAAACAUCCGUAGAGUAGAAAUACGGCAAAUCCGCUUCUCAUCUUACAUACGGGCACUGCACCUAAGCUUCAGUAAAAUCCUAACGAGAACCUCGAUCUUCCUCUGCAUCUUAACCUACACCCUUACAGGGAGUCGCCCUAACGCAGAAUUCGUUUAUGUAAUCCAAUCCUUUUACAAUACGAUCAAAAACGCAAUGACCAACAGCUUCCCCCAAGGGGUCACCGAUCUCGCAGAGAUGCUCAUUUCCAUUAAAAGAAUCGAAGACUUCCUUAAGUUCCAUGAAGUGAAACCACCGCAAAUAAACCAGUUAAAAAGCAAAAUUAUUCACACUUCGACGCCACUGAUUAAUGCUGCGAGUAAAAAGAGUGUUGGGGUGUACAUGCACGACGUCUCGGCCAAAUGGAGCUGCAACAGCAACGAAAACACUCUAUCGAAAAUCAAUUUUAGUGUUGGACCGAAAGAACUGGUGGCAAUCGUUGGUGAGGUAGGCUCAGGAAAAACCUCACUUCUGCACGUAAUCAUGAAAGAGAUGUUUGUAACCAAAGGUAUCCAUGAAGUGGUCGGAUGUGUGUCAUAUGCCUCUCAAGAACCCUGGUUAUUCGCUGGAACUAUUAGGCAAAACAUCCUCUUCGGAGAGGAGUUUCUUAAAGCCCGAUACGAAUUGGUGAUAAAAGUUUGCUCACUGGAACGUGAUCUUGAAAUUUUACCUUUUGGUGAUAAAUGUAUGAUAGGCGAUAGAGGUGUUACUUUGAGUGGAGGUCAAAGAGCAAGGAUCAAUUUGGCUAGAGCGUUGUAUAAAGAUGCCGAUAUUUAUUUGUUGGAUGAUCCGUUGUCUGCUGUUGAUGCCCAUGUGGGCAAAAGGCUGUUUGAAAACGUGUCAGAAUUUUUAAAAAAUAAGUGUGCCGUACUAGUAACACACCAGCUUCAAUACCUCAACUCGGUAUCGAGAAUUUACGUUAUGGAAAACGGAAAAAUCACAAUCAGUGGCACCUUUAAUGAUAUACAACAAGGCGAUGGGGAUUUUGCGAAAUUAUUUAAAUCGCAGCAAGAACCUGAGGAGGAAGAUUACGUGGAUGAUAAAGAAUCUAAGUCUCGCUACCUGGAAUGUCUAGAGGAACCAUCAGAAGUAAAAGAGUCAAUGGAAACUGGAUGUAUCGCAAGAAAAGUGUAUAAAGGGUACUUUCAAGCUUUCGGAGGAUGGUGCUCGUUUAUGAUUGUGAUCAUUUUAUUUAUGCUUACUCAAUUAGGGUCCAGUUCUUCAGAUUAUUUCCUUAAAUACUGGAUAAGUCUGGAGCAGGCCAGAAAACAAAACAACAAAACAAUAUACAAGUCGAGCAAAGACGAGGAUUAUUUAAAAAACUACGAUCGUAUUGACAUAAGAGAUAUUAAAGGGGCAACCGCUAUAGACGCCUUGUUUACCACCAAUAUUUGCUUCUACGUUUACUCGGCCAUUAUAACCUCCGUUAUUCUUAUCACGGUCUUAAGAAGCAUAACGUUCUUUACGUUCUGUAUGAGGGCUUCAACUGAGCUGCACAACACCAUGUUCGCAAGGGUGAUUAAUGCUACUAUGAGAUUCUUCAACACAAACUGCUCCGGUAGAGUCCUAAACAGGUUUUCCAAGGACCUAGGAGCAGUUGAUGAGAAGCUGCCUUAUGUGAUGAUAGAUACAAUGCAAGUGGCCCUUAAUGUUAUAGCAGUAACUAUAAUAAUCGCUUUGGUUGACCCAUGGAUCAUGAUACCGACAUUCGUGAUCGGAUUCCUGUUCUAUUUAUACCGAACUGUUUUUCUCAGGACAAGCAGGAAUAUUAAGAGAAUUGAAGCAACUACAAAGAGCCCAGUAUUUGCUCACAUAAAUGCCUCCUUACAAGGCCUCACCACCAUAAGAGCCUCCGGUGCCCAAGAGAUCUUACGAAUGGAGUUCGAUCACUUUCAAGACGUUCACAGUUCGGCUUUCUACAUGUUUCUCUGUUGUAAUCAGACCUUUGGAUUUUGGCUCGAUUUUCAUUGCAUCAUUUAUGCUGCCUUGGUGACCCUCAGUUUCUUUUUUAUUGGAAAUGAAUCUUUUGGAGCUAACGUAGGUUUAGCAAUAACACAAGCGAUGAGCCUAACUGGGACCUUCCAAUGGGGAAUGAGACAAUGGAGUGAAUUGGAGAACAACAUGACCUCAGUUGAACGGGUCGUUGAGUACACGGAGAUCGAGCAAGAGGUCAAACGUAACGAGAAGGAACCACGCAAAACUUGGCCUGAACAUGGACAAAUCGAGUUUAAUUCGGUUUACCUAAGAUAUGCUUCAAAUGAAUCCUACGUGCUAAACAAUCUCACUUUCAAAAUAAGUCCGAAACAAAAGGUCGGAAUUGUCGGUAGAACUGGAGCUGGAAAAUCUUCAAUUAUGGCCGCACUGUUUCGAUUGGCAGACCUGGAAGGCAAAAUACUCAUUGAUGGCAUUGGUACCACCAAUAUUCCUUUAAAAACUAUACGAUCGAAGAUAUCCAUUAUACCUCAAGAGCCAGUCAUAUUUUCGGGUACGCUUCGCUCUAACUUGGACCCAUUUAAUCAAUACUCCGAUAAAGAACUGUGGAAUGUUCUAGAAGAGGUGGAGCUGAAAGAAGUGUGUGCAGAAAAUAAAAACGGCCUCGACUGUAAAGUGUCUGAGGGAGGAUUGAAUUUCAGCUUGGGUCAAAGGCAACUGAUUUGUUUGGCCAGAGCUAUAUUGGCCAAUAAUAAGAUAUUGGUAAUGGAUGAAGCUACCGCAAACGUGGAUCCAAAAACAGAUGGUCUCAUUCAAAGUACCAUAAGGAGGAAGUUUGCUGAUUGUACUGUGUUAACUAUUGCUCAUAGGUUACAUACAGUGAUGGAUUCAGAUAAAGUAUUAGUGAUGGAUGCUGGGGAAGCCGUCGAGUUUGACCAUCCGCACAUUUUACUACAAAAUAUCGAAGGGGUAUUUUAUGGAUUAGUCAAGGGGACUGGAAAAGCCACUGCAGAACAAUUAGCGGAGAUUGCUAGAAAGAAAUUUGAAGAAAUGCAUCACGAGUCCAAAAAAGCCUAAAUCAAGAACCUGUUUCACAGUACCACCCUCAUUUAAUUAAAUAUUCCUAAUAGAGAGUUCCUAAUGUAAAUAGUUAAGGAGAUGUACCAUGUUUUGUUAUUUAUUUAUAUGUUUUUAUGUGUUAUUUUAAUAAAACCCGAUUUUCAUUAAAAUAAUUAUAAUUUUCCACACGAAGGUAUACAUAAAUAUGAUGUAUAGGUGUACGUAGUAAGUUAAAAUAGGAAUAAUUUAUUUUAUUACAGGGUAUUUUCUGUUAUUAGUGGUCUCAGUUGUAUGUUGUUAGAAUCACCCUGUAUAUAGAGUUUUAGCGCAUUCACUUUUAAUGUGAUAUUUUAUACCCAGUUACUUUAUAUUUUUUAAAGCGUGUAAUUAGCAAGUGAAGACGUAAUACUAAGUUGUAUUGUUUUUUUUUUAAUUUAAAAAAUGUUUAAUAUAUGGUUCUUUAUUUUAA